UCGAUGAUCCCGAUUAUAUGCUAAGUAUACAAAGAUGGAGGAGGAGAAGGAGCAACCUCGCGACGUUUUCCCAAAUUCUCCUGAUGAGGACCCCACAGACUUGGCACGAAAGGCGGGGAAAACAAAUUUGCUGCAAUGGAUGGAGGUUUCAGUCUCAGAACCUGAGAAACGGACAACAACAUCCAUGAAAGUCCAGGACACCUACAUCGUUUAUCUGAUAGAGACAAGGAUAACAGAAGUGAAGCUUAAAUGUUUUGGGGAUGGAACAACAUCACUUUGGAGAAGAUACAGUGAAUUUGAGCUGCUGCGUAAUUAUCUGGACAUCACAUACCCUGCUGUUGUAGUACCACCAUUACCAGAGAAAAAGGUCACCUAUGUAUGGCAGAAUUCGGCGACCGACAAGUUUGACCCGGACUUUGUUGAUAGGCGCAGAGCAGCAUUAGAGAUAUUCCUGUUAAGAGUAGCUGCUCAUCCUAUCCUGUCUCAAGAUAAAGUCUUCAUUGGAUUUCUACAGCAGGAGGAAGGAUGGAAGGACUUGGUGUAUAAUACAGAUUUCCAAAGCAAGGCUGAUUCCAAAUUGAAAAGUCUGAGUGCAUCAUUUCGUCUGAAGAAACCAGACAGAAGAUUCGAGGAGCUGAAAAAUUACAGCAAUGAGCUUGAAAAUAACAUUUCCAAUCUACUGAAGAUACGUGCUAGAAUGGCUGACAAGAUUUAUGGGAUACACAAGGUGCAUGCUAACUACAGCCGUGUGUUUUGUGAGUGGAGUGGUAUAGAGAAGGACAUGGCAGAGCCACUACAGAGUGCAGGGCACUACAUGAAUGUGUUCAGCCAAUCUGUGGACAGUGCUUUAGAGGAUGAGGAGCAGUAUGCUGAUCAACUUAAGGAAUACCUGGCCUUUGGGGAUGCCCUCAGGUCUGUGUGUAGGAAAUAUGAAUGUCUACAGUAUGACCUUGAACGAGCUGAUGAUAACCUCUCCUACAAGGCCAAUCAGAAAGAACAAAUGCAGGAAAACCCGGAAAGUCCAUCCCAGGUACAGGGUAAGGCUGGUGGGUCAUUCUCACUUACUGGAAUGAAAUCUAAACUGUUUGGAGGAGACACCCCUGAACAACGUGACCAGAAGGUCAAACAAUUGGAGGAGCAGAUUCAGCAAGCAGAACAAGAACUUCAGUUUGCCAACCAGGAGACACAGAAGUUUGUAGAUGCUGCCCUACGGGACAUUGAUCGAUUUAAACGACAGAGAGUUAAGGAUCUUCGGGAAAUAUUUACUAACUAUGCUAUCAUGCAAAUAAAACAAAGUAAGAAGGGCAUUGCAAUUUGGACAAGUGCAAAGGAUUGCUUUACAAAAAUGUGAAUUCACUGACAACAUCGGAACUGUUUUACUAGUUACUACAUCAUACAGGAGCUUGUGACCAUGAUUUUAGUUUUCAACAAUCAGAUUCACACAGGUGUGUAGGACACAUAUAGCAGCCAUUAAUGUUGUCUGUGUGUUCUUAGCCAGAAAGCAUUGUGUAUGAUUUGUUACAAAUAGUUUUGAAUGGACAGAAGGGGACCAAAUUUGUACAUUGUUAUAGUGCUGUGAUGUGAGGGAAAAUAAAUGUGAGGCAGACAAUCCAACGUACUGUUAGGUAUUAAAUUAGUAAUACUUUACAUGUAAGUCAUUUGGGAGUUCAGUGACUGUCUACCAAAUAUAUACUGUACAAUGAUCUGGUCAAGGAAGCUAAAUGUAUGACCUACACGAUAUAUUACCCCAUAUAUACACUUGGUCAUUGGUGUUACCAGAGUCCUUGGUGUUACAGAGUUAUUGGUGUUACUUGACACAUCAGUCAUUAGUGUUACACGAAUCAUUUGUGUUAUCCUAAAUGUAGAUGUGUAUUUGUGUAACAAUAUUACCCUAACUAUGUAUAUGUAUUAGUGUAACCAGGUUACCCUAUCUACAAUGUAUAUGUUGAUAUUUCUACCACAAUACGCUGUGUUAUUCCACUCUCGAGCCAUUGUAUAAAUGUGCCGACUGUUGGAUAUAUAUAUGUUAUAUUCCACUAGUGGAAUAUGACCUUCCGGUCUUUCAUUGGUCAAGAAUUCAAACUUUGACCCAAGCUGCAAUUAUUAUUGACAUCAACAAUAAUUGAAUGACUUCACAUCACUGGGUCCUGUACACCUUAUUUGCAUACGCAAAAUAAGACUUGGUAGUGAUUCCCUUUGAUUCAAGCCGAUAUUAUUGUGGUAGAAACAGGUCAUACGACUCGUGAUUUUUGGAUACGAUAUUUGUUUCACACUUGCAAGUUAUUUUUUAAAAGUUACGAAAUACACUCGCUGAAGCUUGUCUUUUGUAACUUUAAAAAGAUAACUUAUCUUGUAGAAUAAAUUCCAUAUCCAACAACCACUCGUUGUGUAACCUCUAUAUAUAAUACAUCAGUGGAACCUAACAAUUACAUGGAGUACUGGUCAAACAUUACAUACUCGACUGUUUUGCUAUUUGAGAUUUAAACUAUGGAUUCCUCUAUAAUUGCCAUCUUUAUAUGAAUUCAAGUGUUGUGAGGGUUUAAUCCUGUAUCAAACUUCCUUAAUCGGCCAUUAUAUGUGAUCCCACCUUGAUAUAUUUACCGACUGAUAUUGUUGUAUCUAUGACCUUUGAUAACCUUUGUGACAUUGAAUUGGUGCAUGAAUGGGGCAUCAAUGUUAAACACACACAUCUUUUUGCUAAAAUGAUUUUUGUUUUGACUGAUUAUUUAACCUUGAUUUCCCAUCAGAAGUAUUGGAAUAUAUACACAGGAUCACUAGAAAGAUAAGAAUGAAAAUUGAUACUGAUGACUGACUUUAUCAUUUCUGUAAUGAUAUCCAAACCUUCAGAGCUAAACAUGAAAAAAAUCACAAAUUUUAUAUUGUACAUGUAAUCACAAAUAGAUAAGGGAUGGAGCAUCAACACAAAGGAUUCCGUAAACUUGUAGGUUUUAAUAUGUUUACAUGUUUUGGAUGGCUAGGCCAACCGUCAUCAGAACAAUUUUACAUUGGUAACAGGAUAGCUAAGGUGCAAAUUACGGUUCAACAAUCUGAUUGUUACAUUGUCACGUGAUUAAACAAUGGUAUAAUAAAGUGCUGGGAAAAGGCAAAGUAACUUGUGAUGGACAUAAUGGAAAUAUUGUACAUGUAAGUGAUAGAAUUUUUUUUUUUUCUUAAUUUUAUGAAGCAAUAAUUUUUCAAAAAGGAAAUUAAACAAACUGAUAGAUAAUGGUGAUGGGCUACGUGUUUAGUUUCCCUGAUAUUGCCACUUAAUGUUCACACAUGAAUUGGAGUGUUUACAAGGUUGCUAUUUAGAAAUGUAGAAUAUCUAAGGAACAUUGGCAUUGGAGGGGGGGGUCUUAUUAAAUGUUAGAGUGUUCCAUAGUAUAUUGUUGUGUUUGUGGUUAAUGUUGAAAACUGUAUUUCCCCAAGUGUGACAUUAGAAGUUACCACAUACAGAGGUUACUCAUUAAAAUCAAUGAAAUCCAUGCUUGUUUACGAUAAGGUGAUACUGUUGUCAGUUAUGUACAAAAUAUAUUUAUGGAUGUGUAUUGAUAUCCCGGAACAAUUCGUAAUAUUGCUGCUUAAAUCCCAGUAGUUGGGUUUAGCUGAUGGACCAGAACUUUAAUCAUGUUACAUUUAUAUGUAUAUGCUUGCAUUCCUCUUGGAUGAUUGUCUGUAUUUAGUUUACUUGCUUUGAAGGCUAUCUCUGACUACCUGAUUGUAUGCACUGUUAUGUUUAAUUUAUAAUGACUUUUCAAAAGUUUGCUACAAUAUUAAUCAGUCUUGUAUAAAUACUGACAAUUCAUCUACUGUGAUUGUACUCUCAGUGGGAAAUGUGCAAUACUGUGUUUUCCUAGUAAAAUACACACAAUUCAA